ACGUAAGCGCCGUCUUGUCGUGGCUCCGCCCCGCUUCCUAUGGAGGAUUUAUUUAUUUUCUCCUCCGUCUCCUCCUCCUCCUCCUUCUCCUCUGGCGCCGCUGCGUCCAUUAUUACCGAGAAGAAACGGAGAACGAGCAGCGAGAAAACUCGACCACUGCAGGCCGAGCGGACCGCCUCGGAAGACUGAAGGAUGAGCGCCGACCGCGGGACGCAGAGCCGACCGGAGCCGCCGCCACUGAGCACCGGAGGAGGCAACAUGAGCUCGGACUAAGCAGGCGAGAGGACUCCGCUGCGUCCGUCGCGGCUCUCGGUCGGGAUGUCUGGAGCGGCCGGACCUGCACCGCCCACCGGGGCCGGACCGGAGCUGCCGGACCUGAGCCAUCUGACCGAGGAGGAGCGGAGGAUCAUCCUCUCCGUGAUGGAGCGACAGAAGAAAGAGGAGGAGAAGGAGCAGAGCAUGCUGAAGGAUGAGGAGGAAGUAAAACCUCCCCCAGCUUCGUGGAAUCCGCUCUCAGGGUUCAGUCAGUUGGUCAAUAAUGUUGCAGCCAAUGUGUCCGAAGUUCUGCAGGUUAAAAGUCCGACUGACAACGAGUCUCAGACGAAGUUACAUCAGCAGUUUGAGAUGUAUAAGGACCAGGUGAAGAAGCUGGGGGAGGAGCCUCCUGCGGUGCAGAUGGCGAGGGCGGAGUCUCCCACCUGCGGCGUCUGCCACAAAACCAAGUUUGCGGACGGCUGCGGCCGAGCCUGCUGCUACUGUCAAAGCCGCUUCUGCGCGCGCUGCGGCGGGCGUGUCCCUUUAAGAGCCAAUAAGGUGAUGUGGGUUUGCAACGUGUGCAGGAAGCAGCAGGAGAUCCUGACCCGGUCGGGAGAAUUUUACCCCAACGCGUCGCCUCCACACGGGCCGAUGCAGGGGGCGUCGGGGGCCGUGGGGCCCCUGAGCAAUGGAGCCACAGAGCAGCGGCGGAGCCCCUCCGCGUCGUACUACGAUGGUGGCGGCAGGAUGCCUCGCUCGCCUUCCGACCACGGCUUGGACCGCCGCCCCCGCUCCACGCACAGCUACCAUGGCAACGGCGAGGAGGAGUUACGUGUCCAGAGGCGACCAAUCAAAGACCGGCGCGGCCGCUGGCACUCACAGGACCACCCAUUUGACCCGGUUCUGGUGGACCGUGAGCUGCGGCGGCGCCAGGAGGAGGAGUUUCAGGCUCGCUACCGAAGCGACCCCAACCUGGCCCGCUACCCGGUUAAGCCGCAGCCGAGCGAGGAGACCAUGAGGAUGCUGGCGCAGGUCGGCCGGGUCCGCCACCAGCGCCGGCACAGCGACGUGUCGCUGGCUGCAGCAGAACCGGAACAUCUCAACCUCAGACACACGGCCGUCCGCCAGAAUCGGCCUCAGGGACUGAUUGGGUCUGGAGGUCAGAGGUCAUUCUCAGUUGACAGGACUCCCAAUCACCUCAGCCCCACGUCUCCUCGACGCAGCCCGUUGCCACAGCAACUCCUGGACCCGAGCUCCGCCCUCAAGAGGAAGCCCACCAAUGAGAGCAUGGCGCAGAGAGGGAGGAUGAUGGGGAAGAUGCACGUGAUUGGCAGCUUCAGCAGUUCAGAGGAGGAGCUGCUGACCACACCUGAAUACACCAGCUGUGAUGAGCCUGACAGAGACAUGGAGAGCCAGUGGUGGGAUCAUGGUACCUGGCAUGGCGAGCCUGCACCGAUGUCUAUGCAGCCGGUCACAUGGCAACAAUCCAAAGAUGGGGAGCGUCUGAUUGGUCGAAUCGUCCUGAACAAGAGGAUGAAGGACGGGACGGUUCCUGCAGAUACAGGAGCCCUGCUGGGCCUCAAGGUUGUUGGUGGGAAGAUGACGGAGUCUGGCCGUCUGUGUGCGUUCAUCACCAAAGUGAAGAGAGGAAGUCUGGCAGACACGGUGGGACAUCUGAGACCAGGUGAUCAGGUUCUGGAGUGGAACGGCCGGGUUCUUCAGGGCGCCACAUUCAAUGAGGUCUAUGACAUCAUCAUGGAGUCCAAACCAGAACCGCAGGUGGAGCUGGUGGUCUGCCGACCGAUCCGCAGAGACGUUUCAAGAGCAGCAGACGCCUCCAGUGUUCACCUGGACUCCAGUUCCAGUUCCUUCGACUCACAGAAGGUCGGCCCGACCAUCUCCGUCACCUCUCCCAUGAGCCCCAGCGUUCUGUCGGGACAAGUCUCCAGUUCAAACAGGCCUCCUCUGGUUCCCAGGAUCCAGAUCAAACUGUGGUAUGAUAAGGUUGGUCAUCAGCUGAUCGUCACGGUCCUUGGAGCCAAAGAACUUCCUGUUCGGGACGAUGGACGACCGCGAAACCCAUACGUCAAGAUCUACUUCCUGCCGGACAGAAGUGAUAAGAGCAAACGCAGGACGAAGACGGUGAAGAAGUCCCUGGAGCCUCGCUGGAACCAGACCUUCAUGUAUUCCCCGGUUCAUCGGCGCGAGUUCAGGGAACGGAUGCUGGAGCUCACCGUCUGGGACCAGGCCAGAGUCCGAGAGGAGGAGAGCCAGUUCCUGGGAGAGGUCCUGAUAGAGCUGGAGUCGGCGCUGCUGGACGAUCAGCCUCACUGGUACAAGCUGCAGCUUCAUGACGUUUCCUCGGUGCCGCUGCCCAACGCCUCCCCCUACCUGCAGAGGAGGGGACUGCAGACGGAGCCGUCCCAGAGCAGCAGGAGGCUUCAGAAUAAAGGUCCUUACUUUAACUCAGGAUCUCAGAGGAUCAGCGAUAGCGAGUUUUCAGAUUACGACUGUGAAGACGGCAUUGGCGUCAUUUCAGAUUACAGGCAGAAUGGGCGGGACUUCCACAGCUCCACCCUCUCAGUGCCAGAACAGGUGAUAUCGUCCAAUCACUGCUCCCGAUCUGAGAUGGUGCGCAGGUCACGGUCGCCAAGCCAACCGCCUCCACAAAGGUACAGCAGGGGGAUGGACCGGAGGGAUUACUACAGCCGCUCUCGCUCAGCCGACCAGCGAGCGAUGGCCGACCGACCCGUCUACGCGCGGUCUCACUCGACUGACCGCGCUGACUCCUCCUACCUUAGGUCUGGUCGCUCUGCCCCCCCUUCACCUGCACUGAUCAGGGCUAACGCUCGCGUCGGAUCCAACAUGACGAGUCCCACCGGAACGGCGGUCUGCCCUCGCCGCGGACGCCAGCUUCCUGUUGUCCCUCCAAAAGGACCUCUGGACCGAAAUGGAGAACCUUUUCACUGUGUUCAGACAGUUUUGGCCACACCAUCUGCAGGAGCACCAACAGCCCCAGCCCCACCCACGUCCCCUCAUGAAUUCCCGCCCCCCAUACAGAAACAUGCCGCUCCUCUAGUCAAUCAUCAACCUCCUCCAAUGAUACGAAUUCAGGGGCCACCAGCUCAUCCACCUCCAUCCACUCCUAUUCAUCCUCCACCUGUCCCUCCACCUGUACGCGCACCUGUGCCUACAUAUGCACCCGUUCCUCUACCUGUACGCGCACCUGUUCCUACAUCUUCACCCGUUCCUCCACCUGUACGCGCACCUGUGCCUACAUAUGCACCUGUUCCUCCACCUGUACGCGCACCUGUGCCUACAUAUGCACCCGUUCCUCCACCUGUAUGCGCACCUGUUCCUACAUCUGCACCCGUUCCCCCACCUGUACGCGCACCCGUGCCUACAUCUGCACCCGUUCCCCCACCUGCACCUGCUUCUGUGCCUGCACCCACCCCUGGUCCUCCACCCACACCUGUACCUCAACCUGCGCCUCAACCUGCACCCACAGUCACACCAACACCUAUAGCUGCCCCCGUUUCCAUCCCAACACCUGCACCUACUCCGGCCCCGCCUCCUGCUCCUGUUCAGCCCCCUCCUCCUGUCGUACAACCACAACCACCUCCUGAAUCCACUUUACCCCCAACUCCAUCCCCAGCCCCUUCACCAGCACCCUCACCAGCCCCACCCCCUCAAACUCCAGACCCAGAGAGACGCUCAGCUACACCUGGCGGCACCAGAAAAGAGGUCACAUGGGAGGACCAACAGAGGAAAACACCCAAUGGAGACAUGUUGCCAGCGAGUGGAGAAGGUGUGAUGAAGGACCCCACUAAGAUGAGGGACAGCCUGUCCUUUAAAUCGUCAGACAGCGACGUCAGCGACGUGUCUGCCAUGUCCAACGCGUCUGAAACCAGAACCGCCCUCAAGAUCAGUAAGGCAGAGUCUGUGGAGGACCAAUCAGGGGACUUGGGUGGCGGAUCAGAGGGGGCACAGGAAGUAGAGGGAGCAGCAGAGGGCGAGUCUCAGCUCCAUAAGAGCGAAUCAAUGGAGGAAGGACUGGAGGAGGAGGCGCAGUCUGAAAAAGCUGCAUCUACCUCCGGUGCUCCUCUCACCAAGUCCUCCAGCGUCGGCGGAGAGAUUUGCUCGUUAGGGAGAAACGACGACGACGACGACGACAAGAAGCGACGCUCCAGCUUCGGAGCGAGGAUGAUGGGAAUGGUGGGACUGGGAAAGAAGAGUCAGAGCGCGUCCCAGCUCAAUCCAGAGGAGGAGGAGAAGAAGAAGAAAGUGAUAAGACUUCCUGUCCAGAGGAGCGUAGAAACCGGUUUGGCCAUCGAGUUUAAAUCUCGAUUCACCCGACAGCCGAGUCGAGAUCCGGACGCCGAGGAUCCAAAACCCGGAGCUCUGAUAUUUCCAGGAGUGAAAUUGGCGUCAGAUAAGCAGUUCACCGGCUUCCUGGAGGGAUUAGGUCCCGGCCAAUUGGCUGGACGCCAGACGCUGGCCACGCCCCCCAUGGGGGACAUCCAGAUCGGGAUGGUCUACAGGAAGGAGCGGCUGGACGUGGAGGUGAUCCGAGCCCGGGGGCUUGUGGGUAAACAGGGCAACAAGAACACUCCAGCUCCUUAUGUGAAAGUGUAUUUAAUGGAUAACGGGAAAUGUGUGCUGAAGAGACGAACGCGUCUGGCAAGAAAAACUCUGGACCCGCUUUAUCAGCAACAGCUCCAGUUUGAAGAAAACCCUGAAGGAAAAGUGCUGCAGAUCAUCGUCUGGGGCGACUACGGACGGAUGGAUCAUAAAUCUUUCAUGGGAGCUGCUCAAAUCCUAUUGGACGACUUGGACCUGUCCAACAUGGUGAUUGGCUGGUUCAAACUGUUUCCAGCCACCUCAUUGGUGGACCCGGCAUUGGCGCCGCUAACAAAUAAGGAGACCGAAGGCGGCAAAUCGUAGCAUCAGGAGUCGGGACCGACUGCGUCGUCGCGUCAUAUGGGCCUCGAGGCGAGCCAGAGGGGACAAACGGUCGCUGGGUGCAGUGACCCUCCUGUGCUCCUGCAUGCUGCAUGAUGAUGUCGCAACGAUGACGUACCAGUGCCAUGAUGAUGUCAUCGGGGCGGAGGGAGGCUCCUCCCCUCGCCGAGGAGAGGGAGGGACCGGUUGGGCAAAAGAUGCUUUGAAAAAGAGAGGCCAAAAGACUCGCAGCUGCCAGCCAAUCACAGCAGCUCCUCUGUGUCAUGUGACGGGCGGCCUCUGUUUCCAUGGAGAUGCAGGAACAUGGAGGUCUGCUGCAGUGUGUUUUUUGCAUGGAACGACAAAAAGAUUAGAAGAAAAAAAAACCCUGUCAGAAACAGAGAAAACAAACCGACACCCUGGGAAUGUCGCCUGAAAACUGGAAAAUAGUUUCAUCAUUUAUGAUUUUUGUAAAAUAUCCCUGACAUGCGACUCAUUUUUCAGAUUACAUAACGUGACUUUAGAUCCAUGAACGUUCUCUAAAACAUCGUCAGUCCUGUAAGGUUUAACGUUCUGCUGCUAUGCCUGCUACAGCCUUGUUUUAAAAAACUGGGAUGCUGUAUAAAAUGUAAAUAAAUACAGAAUGCAAUGAUUUGCAAAUCAUUUAAACCAAA